AUGCUUCCUGACGGCGAGUACGACAUCGACUUGUCGGUUCUAGGCUACGACAACGAAACUGCUACAUCGAAUGGACCGCUAGCUCUCCGAUACGGCUUUGUUCCUGAUUCCAUGAGCCAGAAGGAGCCACUAAAGCUUUAUAGAGACGACCAGACGUGUGUGCUUGAAGCACAGCUGUCCCUUCAGAAGGGAAAGGCACCUACUGUGAUCUUCGAAGGAAUCCAGCAAAGACAGCGAGCCGGAGCCAGCGGGUCGGGGCCAGACUCCUUCUACUUGGCUUUUGAAAAAGACCACAAGGGAGCCGUCAAGGUGCUGCUACAACAGCUCUCCAACACGAUACGAAUGAGCAAAAGCAGAAAUGCCGACAAGUGGCGAACGGCGAUUGCCGAGUGGCAGAAGGCGCCGAAGGAUGGGAUCUAUAUUCCUGAGGUGAAGGCACAGCAGCAGCAGGCUGCCACUGGGCCGACAAAGACGAAUGGCGAGGUGAAGAAGCCCGUGAAGAAACCUACAAAGAAAGCGGCAAAAAGGCCGCCUUCAGCGACGCCCGAUAAGGAGAUCAUCAACAUGGAGGACUUUGAGGACUUGGAGAGCGAGUCCGAGACAUCGAACCUCAUGACGGGCAGUGCCCUCAAGGAAGUAGAGAAGCCGAAGCCGAAGCCACGGACGGCUAAGAGAGCCAAGAAAGACGGUGACGUGGAUAUGGACGACGACUUCAAGGACCUUGAAGACCAGCUCCAGGAGGUGUUGGAGUCGUCGGAGAGUCUGCCGAACGCCUUUGGCGAGAACUUUUCCGAAAGUGACGAGGAUGACGAUGAUGGCGGUGCUCGGGAGCGGAUUGUGAUCAAAAUGGCCGACGAGCCGGAGCCCGAGAAGAAGUCGUUCGGCCGAAACGGCCUGGACGCCAAGCAGGGCAAGCCCAUGAGUCUCCGAGAGCUUUACGGCGACAGCAAAAACGAUGAAUUUAGCAGCAGCGAGGAAGAGUGA